CAACUGUCACUAGCAAAAAAAUUUCUUGUCAAAGUUGAAUUCUGCCAUUUCUUUCUUUUAAGUUCUGUCAAACGUAAUAAAACAUGGCUGAGGUCGAAGAAACUCUGAAGAAGAAGCGUACCUUCAGGAAGUUUACCUUCCGAGGGGUUGACCUGGAUCAGCUUCUUGAUAUGCCAAAUGAACAGUUGAUGGAGUUGAUGCACGCGCGUGCCCGCCGACGAUUCGCGCGAGGCCUGAAGCGUAAGCCUAUGGCGUUAGUGAAGAAACUACGUCGGGCAAAGAAAGAGGCGCCUCCAAAUGAGAAGCCAGAAAUCGUGAAGACACAUUUGCGCAACAUGAUCAUUGUACCCGAGAUGGUUGGCUCAAUUGUCGGCAUUUACAACGGAAAAACUUUCAACCAGGUUGAAAUCAAGCCUGAGAUGAUAGGCCACUACCUUGGUGAGUUCUCCGUCACAUACAAGCCUGUUAAGCACGGUCGGCCCGGUAUUGGUGCCACCCACAGCUCCAGGUUUAUUCCACUCAAGUAGACGGACACCGUUCACUUAGGUUAAGUGUAAAACCUCCACAGUGGUACAAUAAAGUAUUUUUGUGGA